CUAAGUAUCAGCUGUUACGGGCGCGAUCCUCAAUUGCUCCGGGAUCUGGUCGAAGACGCUGUGGCGAUGCACAGAUCAUCCACGAUGCACAGAGUCUCCGUCUAUAGACGCCAGAACAGGGCUCCAUCUUGGAUUCACGCCUCGGAUAUUCCGCCGCGGUCGCUCGACACGGUAGACAUGGACCAAAACUUGAGAGACGAGAUUCUGGAUGACCUCAAUACCUUCCUCUUGAGCAGAGUUUGGUAUCUCUCCCGAGCCGUGCCCUACCGACGGAGCUACAUGUUCGAAGGCCCACCGGGUACCGGCAAAUCGAGCCUGGUGCAUGCCUUAGCGAGCUUCUUUCACUUGCCAAUCUACAUCUUCAACAUACGCGGUAAAGCUAUCAGCGAGGAUUCUUUGGCUAUGCUGUUCGACGAUCUGCCGGUCUACUGUCUUCUAUUACUGGAGGACAUAGACGCCGCCGGGUUAGGUUCGCGCCAUAUCAAUAACGCCAUGUCUCCCGAGGACCCACCAUCCGCAGCUGGAGAGAGUGAGGACGGUGCUUGCCUGACGCUCGCCGGCCUCCUGAACCUACUUGACGGCGUAGCUGCAGUCGAGGGCCGCGUCGUCGUCAUGACAAGUAACUGCAUCGACAAGCUUGACCCAGCCCUCAUCCGUCCCGGCCGCAUCGACAAGGUUAUCUCGUUUUGUCUAGCGACGGACGCACAGGCUGCUGCUAUCUUUCGCCGCCUGUACAAGGACGACCCGCAGGCUACGGCGGAACUGGCGGAGGAGUUCGGUAGAAGGUUUGGCAGCAAGGUUUUCAGUCCAGCUGCUAUUCAGUCCUACAUCUUGAAGAGAAUGGGGGAGCCCGAGAAGGCUCUACAGGAGGCAGACAAUUGGAUCAAGGAG